AUGCAGCAGAGAUUCAAUCUCGGAUCGCAGGGUGGCAAUGUGGCCGAUGGAACAAGCACCACCGCCAGGCAGGAAGCUUCGGACUCGUCGCCCACGGAGUCCUCCGCCACCGAGAACUCUAGUCCCCGCUCGCAGAUCGGGAAUGCUGAUUCGGGUCGCCAGGGAAGCGAGGAGAGCAGCUACGCACAAGUAAUGCAACAAAUAAUGCCGCAAGUAAUGCAACAACUAAUGCCACAAGGAAUCCCUCAAGGAAUGCCUCAGGGAAUGCCCCAGGGAAUGCCCCAGGGAAUGCCCCAGGGAAUGCAUCAAGGAAUGCCCCAGGGUAUCCCCCAACCCAAUAUGCAACAGGGAACACCAAUGAACAUCCCGCCGCCCAACCGCAUGAGUCCUUGCCACAAUCCCAACGCGAUACCUAACUUCCAUCCGAAUGGCCAAAACCCUGAGAUCAACAGGAUGCCGCCAAUGGACGGCGCAGCUGGACGAGUCAAUGCCGCCAAUGGCGAGAUGAACCAACAAAUGAGGGCUGCUCCCGCCCCCAAUUUUGCAGCCAAUAUGGUUAACAAGCCACGGCCGACCACUUCAAGUAACCCCGGGUCGAGGGUGUCAUCGCCAGCCGCUCCGAGACCCAAUCAUCCACCCGGAACCCCAGCUCCGGAAGAGACUCCCAACCAGCCGAAGAUCACCCAGCCAUCCUACGCAUCCCUGCUGCAGUAA